AGUCGAAGCAACAGAGGAACUAGCUUUUUAACCAUACAUCUUCAUCCAGUUUGUCUAGGAUGUUUAAUUAAUCUAUUUUUACUCGUGCCAUCAGUCGAACAGAGGAUCCCUCCUUCUUCUUCUUUAAACUCCUCCACCUGAGGCUCAGCAGAGACCAAGAGCACAGUAAGAGGUCUACAAUGACUAUUUUAAUCUAAACAAGUUCGAUUAAAAAAAAAAGAUGAAUUGCAAUCAAAUGUAGCUUUUUAUGUUAAUUCUGAGGCUGGUAGACAUUUUUACAGUGAUCAGUUGAGUUCGGAAACGUUCCAAGAGACAUUUUGUGAAGCAUUUAAAGUUCUUACGCCUUGAAAAUGUCCAUCAACAGUGCAGUGCAAGAAAUGCAUUCAUAUAUAUUUAAAAACACAAACAAACCAGUCUGGAAGGGUCUUGGGUCUCUGACUUAUACCAACGCAUUUCUCAGAAUUCACUGUGUGCAGUUGUGGUAAAAUUAGAGGUUUGUAAACGACCUUGACGCGAUGCAACGCUAUGCUCAGUAACGCAACACAAAGACUCUGUAAGGCUGUCCUGUCCUAUAUUGCAUUAUGUUCAGUUUAAGUCAUAUACAAUCAAUGACAGUGAAUCACAGUUUGUAGAAUGGAGUUUAUUACAUUUCAAGAAAACAGUAAAGAAAGGUAUGUGUAGGCCUCAAAAAAUGAAGGGGGUGGAGGGGGGGACAAAAGAACAAGGAAACAGGCCCAGGUUGUGUUACAGCGGUUACAGCUGAACCGUGUGAACAUGAAAAUUCACACGGUUCCUUAACCAUUAAGAGAAAGCUCCAGAAGUCAACGUAAUUAAUGAAUCCAUCCGAACAGGCGGGCUGAUCUGCAAAGCGCGGGGAACUUGAGGUGCAUAAACGGCACUUCAAGGAGGGUAAAUGCUAUUUAGAAGUGCGGAAACGCUAUUUGCAAAAUUCCAGAGGUGCGUAAACCCCGUUUACGUGCGUUGACCCUCCACUAAAGCCCUGACUGUGUGUAUAUAUUCACUGUUCACUGUGUGUAUGUAUGUAUGUCAGCCGUACAGCCCCUCCUUAAAUUUGGAAUGCCCAGGACACAGGAGUACCACAAGAGAGAUAUGUAUAAAAAAAUACUUUCAUUCUUAUAUUAAGACGUUAAAGGUAAUUUAUAUUUUAAAAGCAGUCUUCCAAUAAGUUAAACGUCCAACAGGAAAGUCCAGUCACGAGCUGUGAGACAGCUGGGGUCCAUUUGCAGUCAAUCCGGCCGUACUGUGUUCAGUGUAGACUGUAGAGGGCUUGGUGUGACGUCGUGGCAACCGUCCUUUAGCUCAGGAAUUGUGAGUAUUGAUCAUCCAACAACUGCGACUCUCGGUGACGACGGCGGGCUCUCGUCUGCUUCCAUCCAUUGCAGCCCCGUUCGGUUCGUUCGGUUCCUCCGCCAUCAUCUCAUUGUUCCUGCCGCUGCCAAAGGUCAGCAGCUUCCUCUUUUUAUACUGCAGCACACUAGUCACCACAAACCAGAAACACAUUACACUCACCCAAACAUUCAGGCUGACAUAUAUAUUUGGUGUUUUCCACAUUCUAGUGAACCAGAGCAUAGAAGGUAAAAACUAACCCAUUUGUCUUUUGUAAGAUUAUAUCUAAAUAAGAGUUGAUACAUUUUUACUUUUAAAAUGAAAAAUUAAGUGAAAAUGAAUAUUUCACUACAAUUAAGGGUGGGAGCAAGAGUUUGAUAACGUAAAAUAUUCCUUUAAUAGUCCCACAAUGGGGAUAAUGCCAGGAUUGCAGUAGCAAAGUGAACAGUGCACACAAGAUACAUGGUACAAAACAAGAGCAGCAGUAAUAAGUAAGAUAGAAAUAGUAAGGUAAAAAAUUAUUUAAAUAAAUAAUAAAUGAAUAUAUGUAUAUGUGCACACAGUGUACUCCAUUUGACCACAUCCGUUUCUGAGAUCAAUGACGGUGAACUUUCAGUUGGUCUGCUAGAUGAAAGUAUGUCACUAUGUAAGUAUGUCCACUGGGGUGGAAGACAAUCGUUUGUGGUUUUGUCAGAUACAUUUUGUGUAUUUUGGGAUAAACUUUAAAAGAUUGGGAAAUAUAACACUUCGAAAACACCUUUUGAAAUGACAGACAACUCAACACAUUGUCCAUUCAAAUGUUGUGUCUACAAUUGCUGCAUCUGUUCUGUCUCUGAAGGUGAGCCAUGUCCUGUUCAGCCUCCCAGUGGACUCCUCAGCGUCCUUUUCUCCUCCUUUUGGUGUUGUGCUUCAUCUGCCUUUUCAUCUCGUACAAGGCCGACAUCACCUACCCCGAUUUUGGAAGAGUUGGUCAGUUUUGUCCUGCCUUCCUGUGUGCAGAGAGAGCACAGAGCCAUGACUCAAUCCCCAGCAACUCCACAGAGCUCCUCAAUAAAACACAUUCAGGUCCGACCGAGAAGCUCCAGGCGGCAGCAGUGGACGCUGAGCCCGACACAGUUGUGCUGGUCUGGAUGUGGCCGUUUGGCUUCAAAUUUGAACUCAACUGCGACAUUUUCAAUUUCACAAGAUGCCACUUAACAGAUAACAGGGAACUUUACCAUAAGGCCCACGGGGUGGUCUUCCACCACAGGGAUAUACAUGGAAGUUUAGAAAACAUGCCCAAAGUGCCACGCCCCAUUUUUCAGAAAUGGGUUUGGUAAAAUAUGGAGUCGCCCACCAACUCAGGUAAAAUCACUGGACUGAAUGAGCUUUUCAACUUGACAUGCAACUAUCGGCGUGAUUCAAGUAUCCCAGUGCCUUAUGGGUAUCUGUAUCCCGUGACCUCUGCAGAGGAGAGUUUCAAAUUGCCAGUAAAGGACAAGUUGGUGUGUUGGAUUGUGAGUAACUGGAGCCCGAAUAUAAAGAGAGUUCAGUACUACAAUGAACUGAAGAAACACGUAACGAUUCAUGCUUAUGGGAGAGCCUUUCAAAAACCUAUUGGUAAUGAAGACUUUGUAAAAAUUAUUUCUGCUUGUAAAUUCUACCUCUCCUUUGAGAACUCCUUCCACAGAGAUUACAUCACAGAGAAGUUCUUUAAUCCUUUGACUUGGGGAAGUGUUCCGGUAGUUAUGGGCCCGCCAAGACACGUGUAUGAGGGCCACGCCCCAGCUGAGUCUUUCAUUCAUGUCGAUGACUUUCCUUCUCCAAAGGAGUUGGCAGAGCGGCUACUUUACCUUGACCAAAAUCACACCGAGUACAUGCGGUUCUUCAACUGGAGAAGCACGUUUAAAGUUAAAGGCAUUCUGUUUGGAAGAGAAAUUGCCUGUAAAACAUGUAGAUACUUACAAAACCACAAGGAGUACCAAGCUUUUAAUGAUCUUAACACUUGGUACUGGGGUUGAGAGGGUGUGAACCCUUCAAUCAAAAUAUUACACUGUGUAUUUAACUUUAUUUGUUGCUAAUAAAGUGUCCAAAUAGAGACAGGGGGUCAGAAGUGAUAGAAAGGGUGAGUUCUGUUGUUUUGCAUGUUGUUCAAAGAAUAUUCUUCAUUUUUUCUAAAUUUGAUAACAUUACAUUUUUGUAAGUAACACAAAAGCUCUUUUCAAUGUUUUUAAUAGUUUAUUUGAACUUUUUACAUUCUCUGCCAUGGUUGCUGUCUUAAUCGUACAAUGAGGUGGAUAGAAUUUAGUAUAAUCUAUCAUCAAGUCAUGUUUUACCAGUUUAUUCAAAUGGUUGUUUUAUCAAGAGUUUUUCACAAUGAUGAUCAACCUGUUUAUCAGAUUGAAAAAAGCGUUUGACUGGUGUGUUUAGGAAUGGUUAUCGUUUGGGUUUUCUUAAACGGUUCCUGAUCAUACUUUCUUUUUUUGAAAAGCACAAAAUGACGAUUGACGACAUUAAAGAAAUGGUUUGUUAAUUGCAAGCCAUUUUUUUUCUUCAAAUUGAACAUAAUAUUAAUUGUUUAAACAAUACUAAAUA